AUGCUUCGCCGCGGCCCAGACGUCCAAGUAUCAACUCCAUCAACGGAUGAAAACUAUAUCGACCGAGGAUCUACCAAGGGAGUAGUUAAUUCAGGUCCAAUGACAGAAACGCGUCAUCAGGCGGCCAACGCCGCGGACGGGAUGUUGCCUCCCUCCUCGAAAAGGCGCAAAAUCCGCAAAGGGACACAGAGUUGCUGGGAAUGCAAGCGGCGAAAGAUCAGGUGUACAUUUGCGGCCCCGGAGCAAGAUGUAUGCGAUGGCUGUCGAAGCCGGCAGACCAAAUGCGUCAGUCAGGAGUUCGAGAAUGAACUGUCAAGGCGAGAUCGCAAGGGUGUGGUUCCUGACUUGGGCGCAAUGUCGGGGGACAAGGCCCCUGACGAUGCCUCUCGGUCUCGAAACGCGUCAUUUCUGUCGCCGUCCUGCUCUUCCGGCGCCUUGCCUACAUUUCCAGAACGCCCAGCCGACAUCUCCCGCACUCUCAGAUCUUUGUGGCCUAGUCCAGCCGACCUGAAUCUCAUCUUGAGUAUCCCAAUAGAUGCUUCCUUGCUAUUCCAUGGUGUCAUCUGCCAACCGUACGACGAAAUUGUCCAGCAUAAUGCAGCGUCACUGUCGGCCCUACUUCGAUUACCGUCUCCAGAGUCUCAUCCGGUUCUCGUUGCAAGGAGACUUCUCAACCUCGCCAUCUUCUUACAAGGGAUCCCGGCAAGGCAGCUCGACAAGCUUAAUACAUUGGAGUUGAAUCAUCAGAGACUAGUACGCCGCCUUAUCGACGGCGUUUCAAGGCUUGUGACGAACAACGAUGAGCUUCUCGACUCGCUUGACGGCAUCGAGUGCGUCAUGCUUGAGAGCAUGUAUUUGAACAACGCAGGCAACCUGCGCCGGGCCUGGCUAACCAACCGGAAAGCAAUGACCUUGGCGCAAAUGAUCGGGCUUCAUCAGGAGACGUGCACUUCUGUCAAGGUGCUGGACGAGGAGACUAGGGACCGAAUAAAUCCCAGUUAUAUGUGGGCCCGACUGGUUUUCUCGGACCGCUAUCUCUCACUGAUGCUCGAUCUACCGCAAGGGUCCCUUGGAGAUGUCUUUGCUACCCCAGAUAUAUUGGAGGGAUGCUCAGCCUUGGAGCGAAUGGAGCGCGUCCUGGCCGUCGCUGGAAAUCGCAUUAUCCAGCGCAAUGGCACCGAGCGCACAGAUAUUGCAACGACCUCCAACAUCGACAAGUUGUUACUGGAAGCCGCAUCAUUCAUGCCACCCCAGUGGUGGCUGAUACCCAACGAUCUGCCUGACUCUGAGGGGGGUCCGGCAAAGUCACUUGCAAACACGGUCCGCCUUAUGAACCAGUUUACAUAUUAUCACCUUAUGGUCCAACUGCAUAUCCCAUAUCUACUCCUAUCUUCCGCCAAUCACCCGUGUUACGACUACAGCAAGCUAUCAGCCACCAACGCCAGCCGAGAAACCCUGAGCAGAUAUGUGUCUUUCCGCAGUCUUGACACAACAACAACGUAUUGUCGAGGCAUAGAUUUCGUUGUCUUUAUUGCUAGCAUGACGCUAUGUCUUUCACACAUGAUAUGCUGUCAUCAGCAAAGGCGGGAAAUCGGGACGGAACUCACUUGCCUCCAAUCACUCGCGCAUCAGAGAUUGGCUGACCGUGGGCUGAUCGAACGAACUCUUGAACUUAUGGACAAGAUGGCCAAUGGUUACGGUGAUGCCGCUGCAAAAAGGAUCAGUCUGAUCUUGAGACCAUUGCUUGCAAUUGAGGCCAAGUCCCGUAUUGGGGGCCUUUAUGAGGCUAGUGUGUCUCCAGUAGCCAGCAGACCCGAGUUUGACGGUCCUGAAGGGAAGGUCGAUGAGUCAGGCACCAUGUCUAUACAUAUCCCCUACUUUGGUACUAUCAAAAUCAGACAUCACAAUCCAUUGGAGGAUCCGGAACAUGACAGAGAGCGAGGCCAGCUUGUUGAUCAACAAUCCAAACAUGGUCUCCAGACCACGAAUACGAAUCGGCAAAGUCCGUUAGCCUCCUUCCAACCCACCUCGAGAGACUACAACGAAUUUUCAAUUGCGGAUGAACCAUUCCCGUCUCUGAAUGAUCAUGUCUCGCAGGACUUUGGCGUUCUUGAUCAAGAUUGGGCUGUAGAUCUGGAGUCAUGGGCCCUGCAAGGUGUUGAUACGGCGCUUUUCAACACUCUAACGGACAGAUGA